ACUAAUUUGUUACCGUAUAGCCAAAAUGAAAUUGGGAACUUCAAAAGAGAAAAUUGAUAAGAUGAUGACGGAGGCGUUUUUUAAGUUUUCCAUCAAAUGUCUGGAUAAAUAUAUAAAAAUCAAACCAAAAAGUAAUUAUGCCUUUAGUCCACUUAACUUAUACGAAGCACUAUUUUUGGUUUAUCUUACGUCCAGUGGUGUUUUUGAACAAUAUUUAAAAGAAAUCCUUUUUUUAACGAAAAUCUCGAAAGAUGACCUGAUAAAUAGUAUUAAUUUUGAUAAAUAUUCUUCAAAUUUAAUCGGACAAGUAUCAUCUUCCGACGAUCCACAAUUACAGACAAAUGCACCUGCAGCUGCAUGCGAUUACGAGAAUGGAAGUAUGGGUUUGUUUGUAAAAAGUAAAUUUUCCGCAAACCAUAAAUUAAUGAGAAAAAUUUUCAAGAAUGGAUUCUACCACUUUGACGACAAUACUAAGGAGAAUUUAUGUAAAACAAAUAAACAAAUACAAUUGCUGACAAAUAAUUACAUUGUUGAUCCGGUACAAUUAAUCACGAAUUAUGCAGGUUUGGAGAUUAUUUUAACUAGUGUACUUUGUUUCAAUCAGAAAUUUCAAACGAAUGGUUCUCUUAACGAACGGAAGUGUAAGAACUUUUUUUCUGUCAAAUUAAGCGCAGUCGUAAGCGAGUUUCCCUAUCAGAAUAAUAACAUAUCGCUGUUCAUCUUCCUAUCUGCUUCCAAGAUCUCAGAUAGUCCCAAGCGCAUCAAACUAAAUAAAAGCAGCUCCAAAUUUAACAAUUUCAUUCGGCUAUUGUCAAGCGACGAGGGAAUCUAUGAAUUAAACAAUCUGCUAAAUAACGAUACGAUAAAAAUAAAUGUUAAAACGUUUUCGUUUCGGCCUAACUUUGAAAUGGAGAAAGAUCUGAAAUUCCGCGAACUGUUGCAAGCUUUAGGUGUACAAGAACUGUUGAUGCAUUACCCGAUCGAUCUGGAUAAUAAUUUUUUCAAGAGUAAUGAGCAGCAAGUGCAUUACGGCGACGUCGCGCAUCGCACUCACGUCAAGGUCACGAAAGAGAGCACUCUCGUGGGUGCGAUGACGUUGCUCAGCGGAGAAGGGUCGGUUUCGAAGGUAGUCUCAAAGUCGGCCAAUGUGAGUGCCAAGUAUCCGUACCUCUGGAUAAUUUAUGACAAACAGCAACAAGACAUUCUCUGCACCGGCGUUUGCAAAAAAUCUACUUUUUGAUAGUCUAAGAUCAGGAUGAUUAUCACAGAUUAAGAUACGAUUUGUGGAUAUAAAACGGCUAUUAGAUAUAUAGAUCUUUCAAUUAUUCGAAAAUGCUGUAAUUACAUUGUUCAAAAAAAUUAAUCGGAACGAGACUAGUCG